AUGUACAACCCCUACCAAGCUCCCGGUCUGUAUGGCAGGCCUCCUGACUUCGGGGCUUACCCAGGAGCACCUCCGGGCAUGGCUCCGCCACCCGGUAUGACGGCCCCUGGAACUACUCCGCUGCCAGGCUUGCAACAGGCGAAUGCCCAGCAGCCAGGACGACCGGGCGGUUUCCCCGCGAACUUUCAACCCCCUCCGAACAUGCCCAACAUCAACUUUUCGGCUCCCGUCAUUCGCCUUGGAACUUCCGGUCCGCCGAAAUCUGCUACCCCAGACACCAACAAGGAACGCGAGGCUCCCGGAAGACGUGCCGGGCUGGGCUCGGCCAGCUUGGAUUCGCAACGCCAGAAUGUACGCGAUGCGAUGAUGCAACUACAACCGCCGACGCGCGAAGAAAUCGUGAGGACGAUAUUUGUCGGUGGAAUCACGGAAGGCGCUGGCGGGGAUGAGGGCGUCGAGAGAAUACUACGGUCUGCGGGGAACCUUAGGCGCUGGAUCCGUGCCACGGAUGCGGAUGAAAAGCCGUGCAAGUUUGGUUUCGCAGAGUACGAGGACCCUGAAAGUCUAGGUACUGCCGUUGAAGUACUAAAGGACGUUCAAGUGCCUUUGAAAAGACAGACACCGUCCCAGGGUGAUGAGGGUGAGCAGGAGGAGGUGGAGAAGAGCACACUGCUGAUUGUCGUUGACGAAAGCUCUUUGACGUACCUGGAGCAAUAUGAAUCUACUAAAGGCGACCAAGACCCUGCGGAGAGCCAGGCUCGACUCGACACGGCUCGUGCUACUCUCAAAGAGGUUCUUUCCGACUUGUUCAAUCCCACGUCACCCACACAGAAGGAAGAGACUUCCGCAAUUGACCGUGAGGGCGAUGUUGCGAUGAAAGACGGUGAUGGCCAAGGAGAAGGCGGCUCGGCCGAAGUUGUGACCAUCCCCAUCACCAUUGAAGAUGAAUUGUCGGAUAUUCCUGCCGAUAUGCGGGAAACGGUUGCGAAAGAAAUCUCAGCGUUCCGCGAGCGAAGCAACCGCCGAGACAUUGAGCGCCUGAAGAGGGAAGAAGAAAUCGAAUCCAUGGAGCGAGCCCGAAAUGCCAGCUCCCGCGUCAACCGGUUGGCUUCCCCGCCAUCAUCGGCCCCUAGUGGACCUGCUGCCGGCGCAAACGGCGUGCCUCUUGGUCCUAGGGACCGUAGUAUGCCGAACGCGCCUGCCGGGCCCAAGGGCUUCGGAGCUCAAAUUCCCAAAGAUUACCAGAAGGGUGUGUCAUUCGUCAACGGUGGGUCUAUGAACGGUGGAACGGCCGUCUUUAUCGACCGCGAAGAUGAGGAAUCCGAUGCGAGCGACGAGGAGCUGGAGCGCAGGCGUCGGGAGAAGAAGGAAGCCGAACAAGAAAAGCAGUUCCUUGACCAGGAGCGCCGCUGGCUCAACCGUGAGCGAAGCAGGACCGCAGCCCUGGAGCGGGAGAAGAAGAGAGACAAGGAAGAGGAAUCCAAACUCCAGGAAGUCAAAGAAGAGGCCGAUCAGCGACUCGGGCAAUGGAACGACGAGGUUGAGGCUAGCCGCAAAGCCGACGACUACUAUGCCGACCGGGGAGCGUGGCUGCGCAGCCGGGCCGCUUUCCGUGCGCGCGAAAUUAGCAUGGACGACACCGACCGAGCUGCCGAAGAGCGGGAACGCGCUCGUUCGGUCCAACAGCGCGAGCAAGCACGCGGCAUGGCCGACGACUUCCUUGCUCGCCAGGCGGAGGAGCUCGAGACUCGCCCUCAGGCCCCGAGAGAGCCGCAGCGCUUCAAGCUCUCGCUUGGCGCCGCCGCGCAGAAAGCUCAAGCCGCAACAUCGCGUCGGACGGUCGCAGAUGUCGAAGGUCUACUGGAGGACGAGGAAGAGCCAGAAGCGACGGCUAGGCGUCCUCUCAUUCCGAUCAAGUUCGACAGCGCCGCGGAGGCGGCCGGACUUACCGAAGAGGAACGUGCCCAGGCUGCCCGGCAGCUGGCAGGCGAGAUUCCAGCCGACAAGGAGGGACUCUGGAAAUGGGACGUCAAGUGGGAGUUUGUGGACGAGAACGUGGUCAGCGAACAGCUCAAGCCCUUCGUGGAGAAGAAGAUUGUGGAAUACCUGGGAGUCCAGGAGCAGAUGCUCGUGGACGUGGUGGAGGAGCAUAUUCGGAAGCACGGCAGUCCUCAGGAGUUAGUGGAACAGCUCGAAGAGGCACUCGACGAGGAGGCCGAGGUCCUGGUCCGAAAACUCUGGCGGAUGAUCAUCUUCUUCUCGGAAAGCGAGAAGCGAGGUCUCUCCGGUUGA